CCGGGGCGGGAAGCGCCCGCAGUGCCUCGCAGGCCGCCAUGAGGAGCCAGGGGCCGUUGCGGGCGUGCGGGGCCCUCCUCGAUUACAAGACGGUGAAAUUCGCGCUGACGCGGAACCGGCGGGUCGGGCUGCUGCACCGCUUGCUCCAGCUCGGCGUGCUGGGCUACGUGCUCGGGUGGGUGCUGCUGGCACGGAAGGGCUACCAGGAUACCGACCGUGCCCCCCGCGCCGCCGUGGUCACCAAGAUGAAGGGGGCGGCUGUCGCCGAGGCGGUGGGCAAGGGCCGGCGGCUGUGGGACGCGGCGGACUACGCCCGGCCCCCCCAGGGAGAGAACGUGCUUUUUCUGGUGACCAAUUUCAUUGCUACGGCACAGCAGUCCCAAGGCACCUGCCCCGAGAGCCCCUCGGUUCUUGAUGCGGUGUGCACAGAAGACGCAGACUGUCCCGUGGGAAACCCGGUGGUUCAUGGUAACGGGAUAAAAACUGGGAAAUGUGUGAUGUUCAACACCACCCAUUCCACCUGUGAGAUCUAUGGCUGGUGUCCUGUGGAGAACAACACUGUGCCCAGGAAACCUCUUCUGGCUGAGGCGGAGAAUUUCACUCUUUUUAUAAAAAAUACUGUCCACUUCACCAAAUUUAACUUCUCCAAGUGCAAUGCUUUGCAGACCAAUGACCCCACCUAUUUCAAGAGCUGCACGUAUGAUCCAUUCUUCAACCGCUCCUGUCCCGUCUUCCGUGUCCGUGACAUGGUGGAGGCAGCUGGAGAGACCUUUGGAGACCUUGCGCUGCUGGGGGGGAGCAUCGGAGUUCGCAUUGAGUGGGACUGUGACCUGGAUCACCCUGCUGCCCAGUGCCAGCCACAGUACUCCUUCAGCCUGCAGGACAGGAGGUACAAUUUUAGAACUGCCUCCUACUACUGGGAUUCCCAGCGGCGGCUCUACCGGAAUCUGCUGAAGCUCUACGGGAUCCGCUUUGACAUCUCUGUGCAUGGCCAGGCUGGGAAGUUCAGCAUAAUUCCUGCUGCUGUGAGUUUUGGCACUGGCAUCGCGUUCUUUGGUGCCGUGAGUACUCCAGAUACGCUCUUUUCCUCUGAUCUGUGGGUUGGGUUUUGCCACUUACCUGUUUGUUCCCCUGCCUGCCUGGGUACAAGGCUUCCUGGGUGCCUGCCAGCCUGGGAGGGGAGAUUGUCUGGCAGGGUGUUAGCUCCCGUUUUCCUGUUUGUGAUCGUUAGCAGUAAUGACACUGCCAGAUCAAGGAUACUGAGCGCCGUCAGGGGCACAUCUCGUGGAGGCUGGGUGUUUGGGUUGACCCUGGGAAGGUGCAUUGCUGAGGUGUUGCUGGUUAGUCUGUUCCAGCGGUCUUGGCCAGCAGGAGAGCACACCUCCUGUGUUUCUCCCCCAACUCUAAAGGGAGGCAGUGUCUGGCUCCAGCACGGACAUGGCAUUGCAUUCCUAGAGACAGGGCAGCCCCUUCUGUGGCUCAUCCCUUUCAGCAGAGUAACGGGGAGCCUGGGCUCCCCAACCUGCCCCCUCUUCUGUCCCAGUCCCUUAUGUGGCUGUGACAGCAGCUCUCCUCUGGACCAGCCACCCUGUGCUGCAGCCCAGAUGAUCAUGGCUAACCUCCUGUACAGCGAAGGGGAGCAGGCCACGGUGGUCUGUGACCUGGUUCUGCUCUACCUGGAUGCGAAGGCUGACUUCUACUGGAAGGAGAAGUUCGAGGAGGUAAGGAUGGGGCCGCUUUGGAGGGAUGAGGUUGGAGUGAAGUUUUGCAAGCGGUUUUAAAUAUUUUCUGUCCCUUGGUUAAAAUUCAGUUCACAAGAUCUCAGAAAACCCUGGUGGAGUAGUUUUUAGACUUUGAUUCUUGGGCUUGGCUGGUCUGAACUGAAUGUGACGGAGAUUAAACCCUUACAAGUUUAACAGCAAGUGGCAGCAGGGUGGAAGAGAGGGACCCAGCUGGCACCCGGACUGCAGGGAAGGCUGCACCGUGACCUCAACUGCUGUUAGACAGCAAGGAGUCCUCCAGGGGACCUUACUGUAGAAACCCUGACCCAGCUCCAUGUUUGUUUACCCUCUUCUGAACCAAAUCUGGCCGAGCUCCACAUGGAGAGAGGGCAGCUCUUCAGGGUGUGCCCUGGCGCUGUGUCAGCGCUGUCGCUGCCAUUCAGUGACAGAUUUUCUUGCCGUGUGUGGUUCAGGCUUCGGCACUGCCCAGCUCUGGUGAAUCGGGGAGCUGCAGGAUGCGGGCUGGGAGGCCCUUGCAGAGCAGAACUGCCAGCCCUAGCUCGGGUCAUCUUCAGCUUUAUCUGGCCAAGGCUUACUGAGGACAGAGGUUCACUAGCUCAGUGACCUGCCCAAGGGCUGUGCCAUCCUACUGGAGGGAGAAAAAAAUCUGUUAUUAAGGCCUGAUCUCAAAUGGCUGGUGGAGUUGGGGUCUCAAACAAUGAAUCUGGUUGUGUGGGACUGAGCAGAGCAGCGCAGGACCGUCUGCCUGGGCUGUCCCCUGUCUCUAGUAUAGUAAGAUGCCCCUGUUCAUUUUGCAGGCAAAACCCCCUAAAGGUAAGACUGAGGCUGCAGCUUAGGGACAUCAGGAAUGCUCCGCCACAAGCACCCUUCACUCAGGAGCAACCUCCAGGUAGAUGCAAUGGGGGCACAGCUGCGGCCCAGGUGGAGGUGGCCCAGUUCUCCUGCAGGGGUUAGGGUCUCCCUUUCCUGCAGAAACGUUUGCUUCAGCAGUUGUUCUUGGCUCCUGGAGCGCAAAGCCAUCCCAUGGGCAGCUUCCAGCACUGAGUGGCCGGUGACCAGGCAGAGCCACGCUGCGGAGCUGCUGUGGGAACUAGAGCUUGUUGGGGAGCGGCCAGCCUGUACUCAGCACAAAGCACUUUGCACUUCUUCGUGUUCCAGAUGGCCAUGGGACUUGAUUUCCUGGGAAAAACAGGGAUGCAACAAAAUAAAGCUGUUUGGAAAGCAG